GAGAGAAUGGUCUUUGAAUUAACUUAUUUCGGAAUUGCUGGUCGUGCUGAAGCAAUCAAGCUUAUUGCUGAAGUUGGAGGUACCCAAUACACCUUUACACCAGUUUCCUUCCAAGAUUGGCCUAAAGUAAAGCCAACAACCAAGUAUGGCCAAUUGCCAGUAUUGAAAAACUCUGAAGAUGAAAGCUUUGAGCUAUGCCAAAGUAUUGCAAUUGCUAGAUUUUUCGCUCGUGAAGGUAACUUGUACCCAACAUUGAACGUUGAUGCUUCCUUCUCUGAUGAAUAUGUCAACACUAUCAAGGAUUUAAAUGAUGCCUAUUUCAAAGCAAUCUUCUCUCCAAAUAAGGAAGAAGAAUUGAGAAAGUACUAUGAAGGACCAUUCGUUCAAACAUUGGCUGCAUUGGAAAAGGAAGUCAAACCAAGUGGUUUCCUUGUGGGUACUGCCUUGAGUUGGGCUGAUUUAUUCUUAUUCGAUUUAUUGUCAGGAGUUGGCAAGGACAAGGAAUUGCCAACUAAAUUGGCUGCUCUUAAGGAAACUAUUGCAGCCAAUCCUAAAGUUAUUGAAUAUUAUCAGUCAGAUAGAAAUUUAAGAAAGUAAAUUCUAGAGUUUAUUCUUCAAAUACAUUUGCUUCAAUUUCAAAUCCU